AUGAAUAACAAUUAUCCAGCAAUACAAGCUCGUGUUUCCGGGAGAUUUGAAGCGAGACAAAUCAUGAGAAAACAACAUUUGAGAAGAACUUUUAGCUGUGAAAGCAUAGCAAGAGGACAACACCAAGAAAAACAUAAAACGAAAGAAAGAAAACAUUCAAUUAGAGAACAAUGGAAUGAUACAUGGAUGGCGAUAGAUCUGGGAAGAAGACGAAACGAUUUGAACAGCAAAAGCCAGAGAAUGGGAUUGAAAAUGGAAGAAAUUGACGAUCGAUUUCACGUUGUUCACUGCUCGUUUGUUGUUGCUAUUGGAACCCAACAGUCGAACAUAAAUUAUGUCAAAAUUAUCAAAGAUUUUGUUGCGUCGUCUUCGAUUGAUGAAUCAUGCAUGAAAUGGAUCGAUGACUUUAAUUGCCGUUUAAACGCUUUAAUCCAUUUAACUCUCAAAUGGCGCGACUCUGAACUAGAAUAUCCAGUGACGAAUCAAAUCUUCCGUUUCAAUUGGAUUUGUUAUAAUUAA